AUGAGCAGAGAAUUCCUUGGCAAAGGAUUCCUUUCCAGGGCAAAGGAUGGGCAGGGAGUAGCUGCCUUCCAAGAUGACAGGGGAGGAAGAGCCACAUUGCUGCCAAGGUUGCCUCUGCCCAUAAGGCUUUGGCACUCAGGCUACUCUGUUACACAGGAAAAAAUGCUGUGCUUGGAGACUUGGGUUCAAGUUCUGGAUCUGCCUCUGGCUUUGACCUUAAGAAAGUCUAGUCCACCAUUUCCUAAAUCCGGGGUUGGCAACAUUUUCAUAAAGGUCCAGACAAUCUUCAUGAAUACACUAAAAUAUCUACAAACUCAUGAAUAUCUUCUGGAUGUAGAUUUAUAGAGACUUUUUGCAAACCUAGAAGAGUUAAGUCAGACAAGCUUCAAUUUUGUAAACAGUGUUUUUGGCAUCAUCAAGGACUAUGCUGAGCCUUCUGAGACCUCACUACUGAUGGAUUUCAUCUCCAUGCUCACAAAGUUCUUCUUCUAACGAGGCAGCCUCUGUCAGAGCCACCAGACCUACUGCCUGAAUUACUUAGUCACUGUCUUUUAUCUUGAGAGCCUGAGGCAAAGAGAUGACUUUGGAAUUUAUUUAAAGUGGUGUGAGCAAAAUGAACAGUGAGGACGGCUCCACCUGCCUGAGCUGCUGGUGGCCCCACUGGACAGGUGGGGUGACUCGACCUUGUUGCUGAAGAAUGUCUGGAAAUGGAGUAGAGACUCUAUGGAGAAAAUCAUGAUCUACAGCAUCAAGGAAAAGAUGGAAAGGUCAAUCAGGAUCCUUGAAGGAAAAGUGAAGUGGCUUGACAAUUGCCAAAAAUGUAGACAUCUACGGAAGAUUUUUGUGUGGCCUCUACUAUGGGAUAGAAACAAAAAGUUUCUCUCCUUGUUUUGCCUGAAACAUAUUUUUAAAGAACACAUGGCAGAAAACAUCUUGUCACCAACCACCAGACAACUUUUCUAUGAAGGAAAAUUAACUCUUGCAGAAAGCACAAGAUUCCUAGGUGUUUAUCUGUUUCUCUUUGAUGAUUUCCUCUUAGUUGUGAAAACUAAUUGCAACAAAAAGAAACUUGGAGGUUCAGGCACUGGUUUAAUGUGUCCUUCGCUUACUGCUGAGCCGUGAACAGUAAUAAAAGAGGGUGGUUCGUGUAUGGUACUUGAUCAGCCCAUUCCACUAGACUGAUUGGUGGUCAAAAGUAUCGAUCCACUCCACAUAUCUGCGUUUGGGCUGAGAAAUGCUUUCCUUGUACAACAUGAAAACAGAUAUCGACGGUGUGUAGCAGUGUUCUUAUUCCAAACCCAAAGAGAAAAUAUCAAAAAAACAUGGAUGACACAAAAAACAGCAGCAAUAUCUUGCUUCACCAAGAACCAGGAAACCAAGAAGAUAUCUUUAUUUACGUCGCCUGCAGAAUCCUCUGAAAUGUAG